GUACUCGUCACUAUCCUCGUCUCCGCCGCCUCUGUUUCGGCCAACUGCAUCGCCAAUAUCCUGAACAUUAAUCAGGCUAUUGUGGGAUCUGGCUGUAUUCCAGCUGGAGGUACAGCCUUCGUCGCCGCAAAUGGCGCCAAUUGGUUGAUUUCGGCUUCGAGAUCCUGUGGUCUUGGCCUUAGU